UACCAUAAUCUACUAGGAUUGUUAGGAUCUCAAUAAGGAUUUGGGGUCAGCCAAUUCUGAUGUGCAUGCUGAUUUUGCCCUUAUUGAGGUCAGCUAUGAUGAGUUUAUUGAUUGCCUCAAUGACUGCAUUUUUUCCACUCGGUGAGAAAAGUAUAUUGAGUAAAUCUGUAACAUGUCCUCAGUUAGGAUUAAAGCCUCUAAAUAUAGCUUGGAACUGGUUAAUAACCACCAAAGGGUCUUCAUCAAAGGGUGGAACAUCCUCUUUCCAUGUAGCUAAGUCUGAGGGUCUACAGGGGUAAUGAACCCUAUAGCCACAAGCUCUGUUUCAUUUUGGGUUACUUUCUUUCUUAAAGGGAAAAGUCCAGCAGUUUUAUUAUACACUGGAGGAGGUGUAUCACACGCAGAGGCAGAGUGAAUAGGCUGUGAUGCUGUUGGCUGUAAUGACUGAGGCACCUCUGGAUAAAUAGUUGUAGCAGCUGGGGGAGAAGUUGCUGGCUUUGCUACAUCUUUUAGGAGUUUUUGAUCUGUAGGGUCAUUCUGAACUGCUUGAGCUUUGCCAUAUGACAUAUAUAAACUAGACUAUAAAUACCAGUAUUUUAUGUGACCCAGAUACAGCUUUCAUAGAGCUAACCUAAGGGCUAUCAAAAUGUCCUGAUUAAAACUCUCAUACUUUAGCCACAGCAUUUCCCCUAAAGAGUUUCUAAUCUCAGGGGCAGCUAGGUGGCCCAGUAGUUUGAGAGCCAAGCCUAGAGAUAAGAGGUCCUGGUUUCAAAUCCGGUCUUAGACUCUUCCUAGCUAUGUGACCCUGGGCAAGUCAAUUAAACCCUAUUGCCUAACCCUUACCAGUCUUCUGCCUUGGAACCAAUACACAGUAUUAAUUCUAAGAUGGAAGGUAAAGAUUUAAGAAAAAAAUGUCUUUACUUUCAUUUGACCAUAGUUUAAUCAAUUUUAUUUCCUUUUUCUUCGCAUGCCUGGAUGAAUAGGAAUCUUUCUCUUCUUUCACACCUCUAUCAGCUACCUUAAUGAAGUGUCAUGUGGUAUGGAAUUUGUAUUUCCCAUAUCAUAAGUCAAGAAACUUCACUAAGAAGUUUGUAACUUUAAUGAACUCUACUUGCUUUAGUUAUAAUCUUUAUCUUAGUAAACACAUCUAUAAAGCUCACACUAAUUAACAUAAACUCUUACAUUAAUAGACACAAAAUUAUUUAAGACAGAAUACCAUUAUUUUACAUAAAAUUUCAGGACUGGACAUAUUUAAUUUUAACCAAAGUGAUAAACCAGUUUUAUGAUUCUUGUCUUAGACACACACCUAUAGACUGAUUGGUCAAAAAAAGAAUUAUGAACCUAACUAUAGAUAGCCCCUUAAAGUACAGACAUACACACACAAGCACACAUAUUUGGAAAUUCUUGUUAUAAGCCACAUGGAAUGAAAAAAAUAACCCUAUUUUCAUAGACUCUUAAAAAGCAUAAAACAUAGAACAUACAAUAGGAGGACUCAAAAGGGAAAAAAACAGUAAUCUCUUAAAAGUGGAGUUUUUACCUUAAGCUCAAAACUGGUGGGUGUGGAGUUCAGGUCUAAACUCCUUCCAAGUCCCCAGUUAUCCCCAGGAGACUCACCUUGUGGGGCACAGGAACUAGAAGUCCAAACCUCAGUCCAUCCCUGGUGUCACCAAAUUGUAAAAAUGAAAAACAAAUACUGGGAAUCAAUUCUCUGAGCCAUACUGACAUUUAUUAUACAAAGUUGUAAAUUACAAAAUGUGAGGGUCCAGACCCAUCCUAACUUGACCAAAUAUCUCGAGCUUAUGUGUCAAAUGUUAUAUAGAGAGUCAAAUUACACAGAUCUCACCCCCCCCUUCCCCCUUAAAAGGUCUUCUGAAUAUCUCUUCUCAGAAGGGGUGACCAGAGAAGGUCUCUUUUUCCUGAGAUGGUAUAUUCUUUGAAGAAAUGAUCAAUUCCAUAUAUAGUAAAAACCAAGGUCAUUCUUGUAGCUUCAAAGCCAACUGAGAUAUCCUAAUGCCUGUAAACAUUGAAGGAUACUGAACACAUAUGCACCAUUCCCCUUGGCAAUGAUAUCUUGCCAAAUUAUUUCAAAGGAUUUUACUCACAAUAUGAUUAUUGAUUGCUGAUUCUCAUACACAAUUAUUCAUUCAAUUAAUAAUUGGGAUUAUUCCCUAUAACAUCAUUAAAAUAUUGAUAAUCUAAAAAGAUUACAUGCAGAGAAUAUAGUUAUACAAAGGCAUAAAAUAGUGAAUAUCAAUUGAAAGUGCUUAAUUAGGUUGUCUUAUGGUUAAGCUUGAUUUGCAAUGUAGGUCACCUUGGAAUUUUUCAUGAGUUCCAUUGCUCAAUGUAUUUAUGAUAAUAUAUUGAAAACAUUAUGCCAUUCCCUUCUGCAGUUUCUGGUGGAUGCAAAAUAGUCUUGUUUUAUUCAAGAGUCUUCUUUAUAUUUGAAGGUCUUUUCCUUGGUCACUCACAAAAUUUGUUGCUUGCCAGUGGAAAUAAACUACUGUGUCUUGGACUUUUCAGCAUUGUUUUGUUGAUAUGAUGAGGAAAGUGAGGCAAAAAGGAUUAAGUGACGAGCCCAGGAUCACACAGCUAAGAAGGUCUGAUGCCAUAUUGGAACUCAGGAAAAUGAGUCUUUUGGACUCCAGGUGCUCUGGAAGGCAGUACUUAAGGGAUAGCUCUAAGCACCUGACUCUGGAAACUGAGCUACGGUUAACUUGGAGCAAAAAGGGCCAAGAAAGAAAAAGAAGAGUUACCUGCAGUGAUACAUUGAACUUCAUGGAAUGAAGGUUCUUUCUGGAGGUGGAAACUUUGGUCAUUUUGAAGGAGCUUAAUAAAUAUGUGCUGUGGAAGUCAUGAAGUCCCAAUUGCUACUUUAUUUCCUGAUUCUGGCUGCAUUAAGUGAUGGAAUGACCUUUCAUCACUUUUAUAAAUCAAUUUUACCUUUGACCACUGUUACUGGAAGGCUUGGUGAAAAUGUGAUCUUACCUUGCAAAGGUAAAAAAGGGCCUAACGUAUUGAUUCAUUGGAAGAAAAAAGAAAGGAAUAUACAUAGCUACUACAAUGAAAAGGACCACCUGGAACUACAAGAUCCAACCUAUACCAACAGGACAUUUCUUUUUCUCAAUGAAAUCAAUGAUGGAAAUGCUUCCCUUACACUUAAGAGUUUAAACCUUGGAGAUGAGGGAGUUUACACUUGCUACGUAGCAACAGAUGAUAUUUCACAGCAAGUAGAAGUAAAGUUACAGUUGGGAGCUUUCACCAGAGCUGUAAUGGAGUAUGGAAAGCAGAACGGAGAUACUUAUUUAAUAUGCUAUCUGUUUGGAGCUUAUCCCUUUCCAAAUAUAAUGUGGACAGAAAAUAAUGCCACCAAGCAAGAAAGCAAGAUUGAAGAAAUUUCAUCUCAACCUCCCAUCUCUGUUAAAAGUCAACUCAAUGUCACAGACUCAAAUUCCUCUUACCAAUGCAUUAUCGAAAAUUUGGUACUGAAUCAAAGAUGGAUUGGGACAUGGAAAGCAGAUACUUCUUUAAAAACACACGGUGAAGAAAUUUCAUUCCCAUGUAAACUUAAAAAUGAGGACAUUUUGCCAGAGAAAAAUAUAUAUGUUAUUUGGUCCAGAGUGGAAAACACAUCCUCCACAAUCUUGGCAUCCUUUUCCAACAAUUCAGGCAGAAUGGUUAAUGAUAAUCGGUUCUCUUGGACGACUUCUGAAAGGAAUGACUUCUCUUUGACUUUAAAGUCUCCUACUCCAACAGAUAAUGGGGAAUACCUUUGCAAUAUUUCAUCACUAGACUAUACUCAGCUUACUGUUACACAAUUUUUGGGACCUGAGUCAUAUCAAGAAAGGUCUUCAAUAUUGAUUAUAUUGAUUACAUUCAUGGUAAUUGCACCAAUAGUAAUAAUAGUAAUAAUAAUUGUUAAAAAUCCGAAGAAAUGUCGACAAAAUGGCCCAGAUACAGAUGAUGCACGCAGUAAAAGAGCCCCUGUAACAUCCAGAGAAAUGGAGACACGAGAAUCUGAAAAGAUGCUAACGUCUUCAUAAUCAUUAUGUUGUUGAAGACUCCAGUGAUUCAAAACUGGCAGCUGGGGGUGCCGAGAUGACAGAGAACAUACACAGAUCCAACUGAUCUCUAUAAAAUUGCCCUCCAGAAAAGCCAGGAUAUGACAAAAACUGCUGGGAAAACUGGAAAACGAAUGGUAGAAACUAAGUAUGGACCAUCUCUCACAAUAUUCCAAGAUAAAAUCAAAAUGUGCGCAUGAUUUAGACAUAAAGGGUAAUACUAUAAGUAAAUUAGGGGAACAUAGAAUAGUUUACCUAUCAGAUCUAUGGGGAAAGAAGAAUUUACGACCAAUUGGAAAGGGAAUACUCAUCAAAUGGGGAAUGUCUGAGAAUGUUAUAGCAUAUGAUUAUAAUGGAAUUGUACUAUGCUGUAAGAAAUUAUGAGCAGGAAGAAUUCAGAAAAACUUGGAAAGAUUUACAAAAACUGAAGCAGAGUGAAGUGAAUAGAACAGAGGAGAACAUUGUGACAAGAAUACUGUACAAUGAACAACUCUGAAUAACUUGGCAAUUCUCAGCAAUACAAUGAUCCAAAAGUAUCCCAAAGGACUCCUGAUUUAAAAAAAUGCCAUCUGCUUCCAAAGAACUGAUGGAGUUUGAAUCUUCACCAAAAUGAUCUUUUUUUUUUCAUUCUUCUUUCAUUGUUUUGGUUCAAGUUUCCUUCCAUUAAAGGAUUAAUAUGGGGAAAUGCUUUACAUGAUUAAACUUAUGAAAUUCACAUCAGAUUGCUUACUAUCUCAGCAGGAUGAGGUGGGGGAGAGUAAGGGAAAGAAUUUGAGAGUCAAAAUUCUUUUUGAAAUGUUGGAAAUUGUUUUGACAUGUUAAGGGGGGAAUUAAAUUUUUAAAAACUGACAGUGGAAGUGAAAUGAUGAUAUACCUUAUGACUUCACUUUGGGUUUCGCAGGGGAUCUGGGAGCCAGAAGGGGCGAUUAAUUUUUUUAGCCCACUUUCCCCAUCAGCAAAUGUUCUCUAAAUGAGUAAUUCUGUGGCUAUCCCAUACUAGAGGAAAAAGGCAUGAAGUACACACAACUCAUAUUUCCUAGUAUGAUUUAUUGAAGGAAUAUCAUCACAGACAGACAAGGCUGAAAGGCUAACAGUACAGGCACUACAGGUUCUUCCAGGCACUUCUGAGAAUAUUGUGUCUUGCUUUGGGUCUGUAGAUCAUGUUUCAUGCCGGCCAUGUGUGCCAUUCAAUGCCAGCAUCUCCAGAUCUGUUUGAGAGGCGCAGUAGCAAAAAAAAAAAAAGUUUCAAAAUCAGAGUUUUUUCAGUCAUCCCCAAUUCCUUCCUGAUGUUCUUUUAUUCCCACCUGGCCCUUAUACUGAAACCUCUCAGUAUUUUGAUUUUCUGUUUUGAAGUUUAAAGUUUAGAAACUUACAAUUUCACAUCUGAUUGGGGCUUCCAUCCCUGUGAUUUCAGGGGGAGGAAACAUAUCAGACCUGCCUGGGCAGGAACCCUUUAUCUAUCUAUAAAAACCCUUAAGCACCUCUGAUCUCCUGAUGGCCAAGAUUCCCUUAUCUUAUAGCUACCAGGAUCUGUCAUGAUCCCUAAACUGAGCAAUUUGCCAUGACUCUAAUACUACUGUGAUGUCCUAAAGCAUGGACCCAGGAGCACUAAAUUAUUGUGGACUGUUUCUUCCUUUCUCAGUCUGGAGACCCAUCAUGCCUUGAUGUUCCUUGGUGACAUCCUUGGUUAUAAACUUUCACUCUUACCUCCCAGUUUUACUUUUGAGGUAUUAAUCCCAGCCCCUGAUAUAAGAAAGAGCAACCAUUGACUCUAUUGGGAGGCAUCAAUCCUAAACCAUUGUCAAGGGGGUGAUAAAAUUUCCUAGUUAAGAAAUCUUAAUCCUGGGUCCUUUAGUGAGUUGUUCAGUGAUUUCCCCUAAUUCUUGGCCCUCGUUCCAUCUCAAAGCCAUAUGAUCUUCUUUUAAACAUUCCAAAUAAAAAUGUCUAUUGUUUUCAGUGCUGAUAGACUAAUUUAAUUUUUCUCUGAGCUCCUUUUCAUUCCAGGAACAGACCCUGAUAGAUGGUUUCCCAACUUUUUUUUAUGUUCAAUAGCUUAUAUGUUAUCUCUGACAUGGUCUAGUGAUACCUCAUUAGUCUUUCUGUUUCCCAGUGAUUAUAGGGCAAUAAGUGAAGGGGAGACAAAGGUUUUUCAGUCAGUUCUGUUCCUAAAUCUAUACUCUGAAAUAUUUAAUGCAGAAAAAAAAAACAAAGAAAAAGGAGGGAGAAUCUGGCUCACCCCAUGGUUGAAUGAAAUUCAUAGUUCGCCAUUUAGAGAUGGCGGUCUGUUCUCUUGGUCUUCCGUUGAUUUUAAGAGAUUCUUAUCAGUAUAAUCCCAGAGCUGAAGAUAGUAAAUUGCAACAAAGAAAAGAAUAAGAUGCUAUUAUGUUAACCCAUACCCUGAAUUUCUGACUGAAUUCAAUUCUCCUGAGCCAGGUUCUAGACUCUGAAAUAUGCUAUCUAAAUGGGCAUAGAAAACAGGUUGAUUCACUCAGGGUAUUUGAUCAAUCCUUGUAUAUUGGAGAAUCUCAUCUCAUGAAAUGGAUGAAGCCUUCCUCAGGGAUGUCCUUCCAGCGUCUAGUAUUUUCCUAUACUCGCCAACUGAUCUAUCCCGUAGAUUCAAAUUUCAAUGAAAUGGGCCAAGACCAUCCCUAGGUUCUACUAGGGGAAUAGAAAGUGAUCCAGAAAUCAGUACAGAGCCUAGGGUCUGAUCCAUUGAUUUAUUAAUGAAUUAAAGUUCACCUGUUGAUUGCUUUGUGAACUCCAUGCACCAAAGUCAGUGUCUCCUAGCACUAGAUGCUUGUAAAUAAGAUAUUCAUGAAAUGACUGUUUUUGAUAAGAAAUUGUGGAAGUAUACUUUUCCCAUCUUACACUUUUGUAUUUCCUUCACUGUGAAUUCAGAUAUGUUUUGACAUCUUUUUCUAGUUCAAUCUGACUUUUAAAAUAUUUAUUAUUGCCAGUCAAAUAUUUACACCACGACUACUCAUAGAAUGUGUAUAUACCUUCUAUAAGGGUUAAAAAGACCUUACUCUUUGGGGGAGGAGAAAGACCCUCUUGUGGUUUGAUUCUUAUCUGCCAGGGCUGGAUCUUAAAAUUAUAGGAUCAAUCCUAGUGCAAACACCAACAGCAUGGAAAAAGGUUUCACACAUGUGAAACUCAGUGGAAUUACGUGUUAGCUAUGGGAGGGGGGGGGAGAAAGAAUAUGAUUCUUGUAACCAAGAAAUAAUGUUCUAAAUUGACUAAAUAAAAUUAAAAGAAAAAAUAAAUAAAAAUAAUAAAAUAAAAUUGUUUUAUUGAUUAAAAAAGAAUUAUAGGAUCAUCUUUCACAGAUUAUCUGGACCUAACUUCUUUUAGCCCUAUUGGAUUCUAGGAAAAGGUUGGGAUUUAGAAUAAGCAAUUUAUACAGUAUAACCUAGUAUUGUUUUAAAAAUAUUACAUCCAGGUGGUGAUCAGUCAAUAUAUGGAAUCAUAGAUCUUGAGCUGGAAGGAAUCUUAGAUAGCAUUUAAGCUAUCUUCUUCAUUUUAUAUAUAAGGAAACUGAAGCUUAGUAAGGUUAAAUGACUUGUCUGGGACAAUCAAAUAGAAUAUGUUAGAAUAAGGAUUUGAACUCAGGGCCCAUGGGGACUCCACUUUGGCAGGAAAGUUUGAUGCUGUUUCCAUUGAACCAUGCUCCCUUCUUCCUCUGGAUUUUCUCUCUCUUUUGUGGAAAAUAAAGUAAUAAAGAAUGAUUUGGGGGAAUCCUUCUAUUGCCUUUGGAAGACUCUCUUCUCUAUCUUUCCAAGGGAUCAAAAAUGCAAGGAGGCUCCUAGGUCAUCUGCAGUAAUGACAUCGAUUUUCAUACCAUGAUGAUAAUUAUCACAUUGUUCAAUACUGCUGUUAUGUAAAAAACUUCAUUGAAACACUAUCUAACCAGUUUAAUUUUCCAUUUUGAUUGCAUUCUAAUUUUCCUUGUUCUUGAGAUCAGCCUGUUUUCAAUAGAGGUUCAUUUGAUUCUAUUUCUUUUCUUUUCUUUUUUUAAUUUAUUUAGUCAAUUUAGAACAUUUUUCCUUGGUUACAAAUUAUAUUCUUUCCCUCCCUUCACCCCACCUUUCCCGUAGCUGAUGCACAAUUCCACUGGGUAUUAUGUGUCCUUGAUCUAAACCUAUUUCCAUGCUGUUGGUGUUUGCACUAGGAUGUUCAUUCAGAGUCUACAUUCCCAGCCAUAUUCCCUCGACUCAUGUGAUCAAGCAAUUGUUUUUCUUUGCUGUUUCUAGUCCCACAGUUUUUCCUCUGAAUGUGGAUAGUGUUGUUUCUCCUAGAUCCCUCCAAGUUGUUCAGGAUCCCUGCAUUGCCACUAAUGGAGAAGUCCAUUACAUUCAAUUAUACCACAGUGUAUCAGUCUCUGUGUACAAUGUUCUCCUGGUUCUGCUCCUCUCACUCUGCAUCAAUUCCUGGAGGUUGUUCCAGUCUCUAUGGAAUUCCUCCACAUUAUUAUUCCUUUUAGCACAAUAGUAUUCCAUCACCAACAUAUACCACAAUUUGUUCAGCCAUUCCCCAACUGAAGGGCAUCCACUCAUUUUCCAAUUUUUGGCCACCACAAAGAGUGCAGCUAUGAAUAUUCUUGUACACGUCUUUUUCCUUAUUAUCUCUUUGGGGUACAAACUCAGCAUGCUAUGGCUGGGUCAAAAGGCAGACAGUCUUUUAGUGCCCUUUGAGCAUAGUUCCAAAUUGCCCUCCAGAAUGGUUGGGUCAAUUCACAACUCCACCAGCAGUACAUUAAUGUCCCAACUUUGCCACAUCCCCUCCAACAUUCAUUACUUUCCUUUGCUGUCAUCUUAGCCAAUCUGCUAGGUGUAAGGUGAUACCUCGGUUGUUUUGAUCUGCAUCUCUCUGAUUAUAAGUGAUUAAAACACUUUUUCAUGUACUUAUUAAUAGUUUUGAUUUCUUUAUCUGAAAAUUGCCUAUUCAUGUCCCUUGCCCAUUUAUCAAUUGGAGAAUGGCUUGAUUUUUUGUACAAUUGAUUUAGCUCUUUAUAAAUUUGAGUAAUUAGACUUUUGUCAGAGGUUUUUGUUAUGAAGAUUGUUUCCCAAUUUGUUGCUUCCCUUCCAAUUUUGGUUGCAUUGGUUUUGUUUGUACAAAACUUUUUUAAUUUGAUGUAAUCAAAAUUAUUGAUUUUACAUUUUGUGAUUUUUUUCUAGCUCUUGCUUGGUUUUAAAAUCUUUCCUUUCCCAAAGAUCUGACAUGUAUACUAUUCUGUGUUCACCUAAUUUACUUAUAGUUUCCUUCUUUAUAUUCAAGUCAUUCACCCAUUCUUAUCUAUUUCUUUUCUGCAUACUUAAGUCUUCCAAACAAUUUGGUGGAAGGUCUGAAUGGAUUUAGAAUCAAACCGACCACUAAUAAUCCACUACAAAACUACCUCCAUCUGAAUACAAUAUACAAUACAAAUACCUCCAUCUGAAGGUGAGAAAGAAGUACAAAUAUUCUUAGGUCACCAGUAUAGGGAGAAAGUAUUUGAAUCAGCAAGCUUGUCUCAUGAUGUAUUGAUUUGUAAACUCUAUGGAGCUUUUAGUUGAAGGAAUUUUAAACUUUAUAAUAAAAAUCAUUUUCUUAAUCAUGCUAAGACAUCUAUGUAAUUUACAUUAACACAGGAUCAUUUUUUCAUAGAUCAUUCACAAAGUCUAUUUUCUUACAACUAGUAAUUCUCUCCUCACUCCCCUGACACACACAGAGUCAGAGAAAACAGAUUAUUUCUGACUUGUCAAAAUCUCUUAUACUUUUUAAUUGCUGGAUAAAUACUUUCCCCAAGCCAAAUUAACCUUUUAAUACCAAUGUAUUCACAUUUAAGCAUUAGAUACACAGGAGCACAAAGCAGAUUUUACUCUACUAAAUUUACCAAAGGAAGGGUAACAUCUCCUUCAGAAAAAUAUUUUCCACUUUGUGAUGUUCCACUAGGUGAGUAACUACAAUCUCUUGUAAGACCACAUUAGCGUUAGUAAUUUCUGCAUCUGAGAAAUUAAGCUUAAAAAUCAUUAGAUUUCUAGAGAUAUUCCUAUUUGAGAUAAAUUACUAGGAAAACUAGUAAACAGUGAGAAAUUAGAUUUAGAGCAACAUCUUAUACCAUAUACUACAAAACCUCAAAAUUGAUAAAUGACUAGAAUAUUAAAGACUAUGCCACUAAAAAAUACAGAAGAGAAUCAGUCAGGUAUGUUUCAGUUAUAGCUAAGGAGAGAAUUCUAAAUCAAGUGUGAGAGCAACAGGUAAUAAAAUAGAUCAUUUUAGUUUUAUGAUAUUGAAAAAGCUUUUGGACAAACAAUAUUAAUGCAACUAAGAUAAAAUGAAAAGUGGUCAAUUAGGGGGAAAACUUACAGCAAACAUCUCUGAUAAAAGUCUGAUAUCGAUUUGUCAAUGGACAGAUGGUCAAAUGAUAUGACAAAAAAGUUCUCACAAGUAGAAAAGCAAAUGAUUAUCAUUCUUCUGAGAGAUUGAUCCAAAUCAGUUAAAUGCAUAUCAGAAUACUUCUGAGGUUAUACCUCACAACUAUCAAAUCGGCAAAGAUGACAAAAGUUGGAAGUAAGAAUAGAUAGCCUUUACAUAGUGCUUUUAAAGUUUACAAAGUGCUAUAAAAAUAUUAUCUCAUUUUAUCCACAGAGAAAACCUGGUGCUAUUAGUAUUCCUAUUUUACAGAUGAGGAAAUUGAGGCAAGCAGAUAUUAAGUGUCUUGCUCUUGGUCUUGUAGUAGAUUUUAAACUCAGAUCUUUAUGACUUUAGAUCCAUUCCUUUAUAUACUGAGAAUUCUAGCUGAAAUAUUGGAGGAAUAAAGGGAAAACACACUCACUGAUAUAGUUUCUGGAAUUAUGAAUUCGUUCAACAACUCUACAAUUCUGUGGAAUGCCUCUAAGUAAAAGACUAAAAUAUCUAUGUCCUUUGACUCAGAAAUCCCAUUGUUGGGCAUAAACCUCAGAGGACAAUGAUUAAAAAGAAAGGCUCAAUAAACAUGAAAAUAUUUACAGUAGCACUUUUUAUAAUAUUAAAUACUUUUUAAAAGUUAAAUCCACAUUAAUAGGGGAAUGACUAAAUUAAAAUGGCACAUGAAUAUAAUAAAAAGUAAAUAUUCUAUAAGACAUUGAAUAUGAAGAAUUGCAAAAAGCAUAAGAAAACUUAAAUAAACAUUAAUAGAUUAAGAACCAGGAAAUCAAAAUAUACAAUGAAGCAUUAUAAAAGAAAACUGAAACAAAAUGCUAUGAAAUUAUAAUAAUCAAUCUUAUCCCCAUAAAGGAUAUAUGAGAAUGUAUAUCUGCCUUUUUUGUAGAUGUAGGGGACAAAGGGUUAAAAAUAUUUCAUAUAAUGUUAGACUUGGUGAAUAUGUUGGUUAAUUUUUAUGAACUUAAAUUUUUUUUUAAUUUUUUUGUUACAAGGGAUGAGGAGGGCAUAUUAGGAAAUAAAGCUGACAGAAAAUCAAAAGGGAUCAAUAAUUUUUACAAGUCUCCUUAAUUUUCUAAAAGAAGUCUAAGUCAGGAGCCAUUAUUUCUUGAUUUGGGGUUGUUGGUACCAUGUCAUACUGCUUGAGCCACUUAGCAAGACCUGACUAUGGGUUUCUCUUGAAUAUAAGUCUAACAUGCUUUUCAUUAACUUAGAGUUAGAGUAAUAGGAAUGAGUAGUAUUUUGUCAAAGUUUUUCUGCAUGUAUUGAUAUAAUAAUAUAAUUUUUGAUACUUUUUUGUUGGUGUAAUUAAUUAUGUUAAUGCUUUUCCUUAUAUUAAACCAUCCUUGCAUACCUAGUAUAAAUCCUCUUUGGUCAUAAUGUAUAAUCUUUGUGAUAUAUUGUCAUCAGUUGGCUAAUAUUUUAUUUAGGAUUUUUACAUCAUUAAUGAAACUGGACUGCUUUUUCUGUUUUUAGCACUUCCUUGUUGAAGUGUCAAUACCCUAUUUGUUUCACAAAAGGAGUUUGACAGGACUUCUUUACCAAUUAUUCUAAAUAAUUUAUUUCACAUAGGAAUCAUAUGAUCUUCAGAUGUUUGGUAAAAUUCACUUGCAAAUCAAUCUGGUCCUGAUGCUUUUUUCUUAGAAAGUUCACUUAUGGACUCUUCAAUUUUUUUUUCUAGACUGUCUACUUAAAUAACCUAUUUCCUCCUUUGUUAGUCUAGGCAACUUAUAUUUUUGUAAGUAUUCUUCCAUUUCAUUUAAAUUGCAAAAUUUAUUGGCAUAUAAUUGGGCAAAAUAACUCCUAAUAAUGGCUUUGAUUUCAUCUUCAUUAGUGGUUAAUUCACCUGUUUAAGUUUUUUUUGCUUUUAAAAAAAUCAUAUUAACCAGUGGUUUAUCUAUUUUGGUUUUUCUUUAACAAAACUCAGUUUUAUUUAUUAAUUCAAUGGUUUUCUUUUAUUCAAUUUGAUUAAUCCUACCUUUAAUUUUUAGGAUUUUGAAUUUGGUAUUUAAUUGGUAUUUUUUACUUUUUCUUUUUCUAGUUUUUUAAAACUGUAUACUCAAUUCACUGAUCUGUUCUUUCUCUGUUUCACUGAUAUACAGACUUAAGAGAUGUAGAAUUUCCUCUAAUUACUGCUUUUGCUGUAUCCCAUAGGUUUUGGUAUGUCAUCUCAUUAUAAUUUUCUUUAAUAAAAUUAUUUAUUGUUUCUAA